AUGGAUAUACCUUUUAGGUUACCGCAGUCAAAUAUGGUAUUGGAUGGUUUGGAUUCUUGCGUUGUAUUUGGAGGCAGAGGUUUUGGUUGUGCUUUUCACGGCAACUUGAGGACUAGUUCAAAGGUUCGUUUUAGUGGAAUGAACAAGAUAGGUAGUAGGAGUGGUUUGAGGGUAGACUGUUUAGGAGAGUUGAAAGUUUCGAGUGGGAAGAGAAGUUUGUGUUGGAAGAGAAAUAAACUUUUUAGGGGGAAUAGGAAAAUUUGGACAAAGUGUCAAGGUAACGAUUCUUUAGCAUAUGUCAAUGGCAAUGGACGGAAUGUUGAUAGGGUGGAAGGUGCAGAUGAGGACUCUGGUUCCAAUGCUGAAUCGAGUGAACCUUUUGGAGAAGCAGGGCAAGGAGAGAGGAAAGAAGAUGGGGGUGAAGUAGUAGAAGUGCAAAAUGUGGAUGAAUUGAAAGAACUGUUGCAAAAGGCCAAGAAAGAAUUAGAAGCUGCUCGAGAAAAAAACAUUGUAUACGAGGAAAAAGUUAAGAAGAUAUCAGAGACUGCGAUUUAUUUGCAAGAUGAAGCAGCAAGUUCUUGGAACAAUGUUACUUCUACCCUUGAUAUCAUCCAAGAUAUUGUGAGUCAAGAAUUUGUUGCCAAAGAAGCUGUUCAGAAGACAACUAUGGCUCUUUCUCUGGCUGAGGCACGGCUUCAAGUAACCUUAGACUCUUUGGAGGUUACAAAAGCAGCUUACGACUCCCCACGAGGUUCUAACAACAGUAAUGGUGAUAAAGAAAUAAUGCAAGAGGAGAAAGAACUUUUGGUUGCUCAGGAAGAUAUCAAGGAAUGCCAGAAAAAUUUAGCAAAUUGCGAGAAUGAGCUGAGAUACUUGCAAUGCAGGAAGGAGGAGUUGCAGAAUGAAGUGCACAAAUUGCAUGAAAUUGCAGAACAGGCGCAGGUGAAAGCAGCAAAAGCAGAAGAAGAUGUCGCAAACAUAAUGCUGUCAGCAGAAAAAGCUGUUGCUGCGGAACUUGAUGCUGCACAACACGUGAAUGAUGCAGAGAUUGCAUUGCAGAAAGCAGACAAAUCUGCCUCUAGUUUUAAUGCUGAUACCAAUGACACUUUACAAGUACAAGAGGUUGUGGCUAUUCCUGAGGAGGAGGAAGUGGUUCAAGGUUUUUCUGGUGAUGACGUUGAUAAAAGAGAGGCUGAUUUUUCAAUUGAUGAUGAGCCUUUGCUUACUAUGCAAUCACCAGAAGCACAAUCAGAUAACAAUAGGCAAAGUUUCGAAGACAUGGCACAGUCUGAUUAUCUUAGUGAUCAUGAGAACAGACAGUUAAGCUUAGAUUUUUCUAAAGAAGCUGAAGAUGAAAUAGAGAAGUCAAAGAAUGUAGUUCAAACAAAAAAGCAGGAAACACAGAAAGAUUUGACUAGAGAUAAUUCACCGGUUGCUCCCAAGACAUUAUUGAAGAAAUCUUCCCGAUUUUUCCCUGCAUCAUUCUUCUCUUUUACUGCAGAUGAGACUGAUUACACACCAGCAUCAGUUUUCCAUGGUCUUGUGGAGUCUGCACAGAAGCAACUGCCCAAGUUGAUUGUUGGGUUAUUGUUAAUUGGAACAGGGCUAGUGUUCUAUACCAAUAGAACAGAGAGGAGUGCUCAGCUGCUUCAGCAGUCAGAAGUCAUUGCAACCACUGUUGAAGAAGUUUCUUCAACGCCAAAGCCUCUGGUUAGGCGACUUCAGGAGCUUCCCAGCAGAAUUAAGAAAAUUGUUGCAUCAUUACCGAAUCAAGAGGUGGAUGAGGAGGAAGCCUCCCUCUUCGACAUGCUUUGGUUACUCCUUGCAAGUGUUGUAUUUGUACCAAUAUUUCAAAAGAUUCCUGGAGGCAGUCCUGUUCUUGGCUACUUGGCUGCGGGUAUCUUGAUUGGGCCUUAUGGUCUCUCCAUAAUUCGUCAUGUACAUGGGACAAAAGCAAUAGCUGAGUUUGGAGUUGUUUUCCUGUUAUUCAAUAUUGGGCUGGAGCUCUCUGUUGAAAGGCUUAGUUCAAUGAAGAAAUAUGUCUUUGGAUUAGGCUCUGCUCAGGUUUUGGUUACUGCUGUAGUUGUCGGCUUUGUGGCUCAUUAUAUUUGUGGUCAAGCUGGCCCUGCUGCUAUUGUCAUUGGGAAUGGUCUAGCAUUAUCAUCAACUGCUGUUGUUUUGCAAGUGUUACAGGAGAGAGGUGAGAGCACAUCGCGGCAUGGAAGGGCUACAUUCUCUGUUUUGCUUUUUCAGAUAGUAGAGAGAAAAGGGUUUGCAGAAUGGAUUACUGGAAGUGUUGGUUUUCAAGCCAUUGCUGAAGCUCUUGGUCUGGCUGCUGUAAAGGCAGUGGUUGCCAUUGCAGCCAUAAUUGCAGGUGGACGAUUGCUCCUUCGACCAAUAUAUAAGCAGAUUGCAGAGAAUCAAAAUGCAGAAAUAUUUUCUGCCAAUACACUCUUUGUUAUUCUUGGGACUAGCCUUCUCACAGCCAGGCCGAGGUUUGAUAGUGUUCUUGAAGUUAAUCUUGUGUCCAUUGACGUGAUGACUUUUUUGGCUGGGCUUUCAAUGGCAUUAGGGGCAUUUUUGGCCGGUUUACUACUGGCAGAAACAGAGUUUUCCUUACAGGUUGAAUCUGAUAUUGCUCCAUAUCGUGGCCUUCUACUGGGUCUCUUCUUUAUGACGGUUGGAAUGUCAAUUGAUCCAAAACUUCUUGUUUCAAACUUUCCAAUUGUUGCUGGGACCUUGGGACUUUUGAUAUUUGGCAAGACUUUGUUGGUUUCUUUAAUUGGUAGAAUAUUUGGUAUUUCUCUCAUUUCUGCCGUUAGAGUUGGUCUUCUUCUUGCUCCUGGGGGAGAAUUUGCAUUUGUGGCUUUUGGUGAAGCUGUUAAUCAGGGCAUAAUCUCUUCCCAGUUAUCUUCCUUACUGUUUCUUGUUGUGGGAAUUUCAAUGGCCCUCACUCCUUGGCUAGCUGCAGGAGGCCAGCUCCUGGCUUCCCGUUUUGAGCUGCAUGAUGUUCGGAGUUUAUUACCUGUAGAAAGUGAGACUGAUGAUCUGCGAAAUCAUAUCAUUAUUUGUGGAUUCGGGCGAGUUGGGCAAAUCAUUGCACAACUCCUUUCUGAGCAACUUAUUCCUUUUGUUGCACUAGACGUGAGAAGUGAUAGAGUGGCAAUGGGACGCUCACUGGAUCUCCCUGUGUACUUUGGAGAUGCUGGUAGUCGAGAGGUCCUACAUAAGGUUGGGGCUGAAAGAGCAAGUGCCGCUGCAAUAACUCUAGAUUCCCCUGGAGCGAAUUAUAGAACAGUUUGGGCUCUUAGCAAGCACUUCCCAAACGUGAAAACUUUUGUUCGUGCUCAUGAUGUUGAUCAUGGAUUGAAUUUGGAAAAGGCUGGAGCUACCGCGGUUGUACCAGAGACCUUGGAACCAAGUCUUCAACUAGCAGCUGCCGUGCUUGCUCAGGCUAAACUUCCUACAUCAGAGAUUGCAGCAACCAUAAAUGAAUUCAGAAUCCGUCAUCUGGCUGAGCUCACUGAACUAUCUGAAACAAAUGGAAAUUCUUUUGGAUAUGGAUACAAUAAAAUUACAUCCAAACCCAAAUCUCAAUCCCCAGAUUUACCAGAUGAUACUCAGAUCUCUGAAGGAAAACUGAAGUUUGUAUCGAUUAAAAUACUCGAAAAAUCAAGAGCUGAGAGACCUACACCGCUUGUAGCCCGGAACUUGAGUAAGAGCAUGGGUUCGAUAGAUGACCAGGGCAAUUUACGCCCGCCAAUACCACUAAAAAGUGACAACAUUGUCAAUCCACGAGGGAAGAUGGGCUUUAACACGGAAAGGUGA